AUGGUGGACCUGUUUGUUGAUCGGGUCCUGGUGAAGAACAACAAAGACCAGGAUGAGCUGGACACUCAGCGAGAGAUAGUUAUGCGUCUGCAGAAUCGCAUCCUGAUGCUCUUCUUUGCAUCUGCUGCUUGUGAGAGCUGCCAGCAGUUUGCUCCCACGCUCGCCGACUUCUUUAAAAGAUUGACAGAUGAAUUUUAUGUGGACCGCGCUGCUCAGCUUGUUCUGCUGUACAUCAGUUUGGACCAGUCAGAGGAACAGCAAGAAAGCUUCCUCAAAGAGCUGCCCAAGAAGUGCCUGUUCCUGGCCUACGAGGACCCCUACAGGAGGGAGCUGGAGGCCAUGUUUAAUGUGGAGGAGCUGCCCACAGUGGUGGUGCUGCGUCCCGACUGCUCCAUCCUCAUCCCUAAUGCAGUGCAGGAAAUACUCUGCCUCGGCCCGGGCUGCUACCGCAACUGGCAGGAAGCAGCAGAGCUCAUCGACAGGAACUUUAUGAUCAGCGAGGACUUUGAGGGGAAGUCCAUGCGUAGCUUUAGUGACCCUGUGAGAAGACUGAAGUACAAGGUGGAGGAUGAGAAAAAGAAAAAGAAGAAGAAGAAGGGCAGGGGGUGGGGUGCAGGUGAGGAGGAAGAUGCGGGAGGGGAUGGAGGAGGGCCGUCAUGGUGA